AUGGACUCAAUCCAAUCCAAAAUCCUCCAAAUCUCUCCUACAAUCUCUUACAAGUACUACGUCUCGAAACCUUCCAAAUCAUCAUUUCCAACAGCCCUCUUUCUCCAUGGCUUUCCCUCCAGUGCUGCCGACUUCGCCCCGCAACUCACCCACCUCAUCUCCCUCGGCUACGGCAUCCUCGCACCCAAUCUCUUAGGUUACAGCGGGACAUCCAAGCCUCAUGACCCGCAAGAAUACAUCUGGCGCACGAUGAGCGCACAUAUUGCCGCCAUCCUUGACGCCGAGUCUCUAGAGGCUGUAGUCGGCGUCGGUCAUGACCUCGGAUCAUGGUUUCUCAGCAGACUUUACCACUUUUACUCUUCCCGCUUCCGAGGUCUGGUCUUCCUGGACGUCGGGUAUGCUGUGCCCGGCCAGAAGUUCGAUGUUGAAAUGAUCAACCGAAUGACGAAGGAGAUGACAGGGGAGGAACGCUUUCGAUACUGGGAUCUGUUCACGGACAAAGGCGGGGUGGAAUUGAUGGAUCGGAAUGUUGAGAGCGUGGUGUCGCUGAUGCAUGCCUCCCCUGAAGUCAUGGCUGCGAAUCUUGGACCCAAAAAUAAGGCGAGAGAGUGGGUUGCUGCCGGGCGUAUUGCGCAGAGUCACCUCUUCGGUGACGAAACAGGCAGCUACUUUGAGGAUAAAGUGGCCAUGUUCAGAGAGGGUGGCUGGACUGGGCCGACAAAUUGGUACAAGGCUCUGAGAGAGAAUAUGUCAUGGGAGGACGAAAAGAACAUGAAGAAGGGGCUUGAAGUUUCAGUGUUGGUCGUGGGAUGUGGGAGGGAUGAGAUGACGGUGGGUGGGUUGCAGGACCAAAUGACAAGGCCGUGGGCAAAGGGCGGAUACAGGUUCGAGGUGCUUGAUACAGGGCACUGGGUUAUGCUUGAGGACGAGAGUGGUGUAAAUAGGCUGUUGGUCGAGUUCCUCCAAAGUCUAUGA